GACAUCAGUUUGCGUCUUCGGUUACAGGCGGUGGAAUGGCGGCCCGCAAAAUGCUUUGUAUAUUGCGCUCAAAGGAUUACAUGUAAAAGCAAUACGUUAAUUGUGAUUUAUGCAGUGGUCUGUUAUAUCUUAUCGAAAUAUUCGUUUAUAUUAACAAAUUUAACACGCAGAUUUAUUUAUAACGGGUUAAACCAGGCGGGCCGGAGGCGAGUUCGUUCAUAGCGGCGGCGUUUCAUUUACACAAUCCGCCGUCAAUUUUUUUUCGCUGCAAGACACACUAUCACAUGAUUUAAAGGACACAAAAAUCGCAGAAGAAUCGAUCUUCUUGAAAAUUCUUUCUGCAUACUAACCACAUAAACAUCAUGUCUGAAGGUGACAAAGCUUGGAACUUCCAGGCUAGUGUAGCUGGACCUGGGUAUGCUAAAGAAAAUGCUUGUAACCCCAGUGAGGUUGAAGAAGACGACAAAGAAGCAGAACUUGUCCUUGUGUCUGUUACACAGCCUGAAAGUCAGAAACGUAAACUUUUGGAUGGAGAAGAUCCUGGAAAACCUGUUACCAGUUCUGUAGAUGGGAUAGACCUUACCAGACCAGAGGCUUCACCAAAAGCUUCAAAGACUGCAGCCACCUCCUUGUGUGUAGACUGUGGGCAGAAUUUUGAUACACCAUUCCAACUGAUGGAACACCGUCGACUUCACACAGGCGAGCGUCCCCAUAAGUGUCCCCAUUGUGAUAAAAUGUUUUGCCACUUGGCCAACUUUGAGAAGCAUAUGGAGAAGCACAAAGAUGAAGUUCAUCAGUGCAGCAAGUGCAAGAAGACCUUUAGUACACUGCGUCAGAUGCAAGCUCAUAACGAAAAUGCAUGCCAGCCAUUCAAGUGUUCUGAAUGCACCCAGCGUUUCUGUACUGAGGCAGAGCUUACUUCCCAUUUGACCCAGCAUAACAAAGAACAAAACUACAAGUGUCCAGAUUGUGGUAAGAAGUUUAGGAAACCAGACUACCUAAAGAAGCACCAGCUCACUCACAGCAAGAAUCCUGUUCAGAUGAAUGUCGUCAUGCAGAACACCUUGAGCUGCACUGAGUGCAAGAGGUGCUUUAAAACUUGGGAGAGUCUGAGGAAUCACAAGUGUGAUCCAAAGAAAAUCCAUUGCUAUGCUUGUGGGGAGUACUUUGGGUGCUCAGAGCAGUAUCUCAAGCACAAGGUUGACACACUGUGCCCCGGUAACUCCACUGAGACCCUGAAGAAACACACCUGCCCGGUAUGUGGCGUGAUGUACAACUCGUCUGGAGAUUCCGGCCUACACAAAGAGCUUACUAAGUCGGUGGUGAAGUGUGCAGAUUGUCGCUGGGGCUUCAAAUUCCCUUGCAAGCUUGUUGCCCACCAACUGCAACACUCUCAUAAAUCAAAGUUUGAGUGUGGGAAUUGUGGAAGAAUCUUUGGAAGCAUCUCUGAUUUCUGGAAACACAGUGAGCUUCCAGACUGCAAGGCACACCAGGAUGGCAACAUGGAUAAAGCCAACGAGACAAAGGUUGAGAAAGAGGAGACCGAUGUAGAGGAAGGUCAACUGAAGUGCUUUGACUGCGGGAAAUUCUUUGAGAAAGCUGAACUACUUCACCAUCACUACAUGCUGCAUGCUCAGGGAGAGCUCUGAUAUCAGGCUGGGUUUAGGUAGAUAUUUGUGUGAAAUUUACAUGUGACUGCCAAUAAUUUUGCUAAUUCUUUUAUACUGAAUCCAAUAGUGAUAGAUUGGAAAGAGCCAUGGGUUUUCUGGCUAGACAAACAGUAUCUGGUUUAUGCCUUAACCCAGUGCUCUAAAAUAUAUAUAUGUUGAUAUUUUGUAGUCUUGACUGCAAUGGCAAACAAGGAACUGAAUUUAAUAAUUUUUGCUUUUAAUUUCCUUAAUUCUUGCAUUUUAGAAUGUUUCUUCAGCUUUGCUGCACCGUAAGAUAAACAUGCAGUUCUAGUUUAAACUAAAAAUUGUGGAUUAACACAUGAUCAUUUGUUAAAGGUAAGCCUUAAAAGUAAAGUAGAAUCUGUAAAAUGAAGAUAUGGAAAAAUACCAGUUUAAUUUCCGGAGAAUAAAAACCAUUUAAGCUCAUCUUUCAGAGGUGCAUAUUCUAGAAAAUGUAUUGAAAACAAUUGUGACAAAAUAAACACUAUAAAGUGA